ACGUCAUGUUGUUCAAUCAUUGGGUUCAUCACUUUUUCAAUUUCGAUAUAACCAAGAAAAUAUCGGUUUUAUCCAAAUAUGUCAUAAUUUUCUUGCUGGCAAAUGUAAUUUCAAAACAGAAGGAUGCAACCGACUUCAUUUAUGUCGUCAUUUUGAUAGUUGUACAGAGAAAGAUUGUCACUUUCCACAUAACUUUACUCAUGAUAAUAAUCGACGUAUUGUGGAGCAAUCGAACUGUCAAAACGUUGAUCCAUCAUUACUCGUUCGCCUUAUUCGACUUAAUGAACAAUUUUCUAAUCGUUUAUCGAAGAAUUUUGCCACUUCUUCUAUUGUUUCACAACCAGCGGAUACGACAUCAUUAUCAGUACAGACCAAACCUGUUCAACCAGUUUUUGAGCGAAGCAAACCUACUCGUUCAAGACGAAGAACUCGAGGCAAUGCGUCGAGAAGAGUUGCUGAUGAGCAUAAUACUACUCCAUUGGUUUCCAUGUCGUCAGCACCAGACAUAGAUUGUCAAAUCAAUAUCAGUUUCCUAUCAGCAUCUAUUGCUCACUAUAUUACCAUCGAGGAUAUUGUAGAAUUCUUAAGACGACAAGGUUUACCUGUUCUAACAAUGUGUAAAACAAAGGAAAAGGAAUAUUUUAAUCAAUGGACACUUCAGUUUCAAGAUAAUAACAACAAUCUUCUGGCAAUACCUGGUAUUUUAUAUCAUGGUAUUCCUUUGAAAUUUAAAAGGGCUAGCUCACUAAUUGAUGAAAAAGGUUUUGUACUCAAAUCAACAAUCGAUUCAAAACGAGGUCUAAUAACAAUCGAGGAAUUUUCAAAUUAUAUUGAUGUUUUAAUCAAUCAAGCCUCAUUCAAAUUAAUCGAUUUGUCAUCACCACUGGAACAGAUUCUACUGAUUCAAUGUGAUAAUAACAUUGGUAUGAAUUCUCUUUAA